AGGUGGAAGGAUAGGUUGCAGGGAGAUCAAAACUCACACAAGUGAGCGACGUCACUUUGAAUUUGGGGAUGUUGCAAAACGACAUAUUAUGGUCUGAAACUAGUGGCGUCGGUUUUUGAAAUGCUCACUCAUAUUUGAGCUUUAUCGACCCUGUAUGCGCUGGUGUAGAUUAUUCGUGCUGUGCACUUUAUGAACUCGGCCGAGAUCUGCACAGGCCGACACGGAACUCGAUAUGCCAAGUGAUAGAUAUCGACGGCUGCAAUAGGGAAACAUGAUUCGUCCCGGCCUUGAGACUUUUAGCUGUCUACAACCUUUACUUCUGUUACACUUCUUCAUACCGAUGACCUCUGCCACGCAGUACACAGUCACAGUGGACGCAGCUAGACCCCUAAGGGACAUCAGACACUUCUGGAAGAGCACUGGCUUUUGCCCUCCACUUCCACAUGCACAGGCUGACAAAUAUGAUCUUAGCAAAGACCAGCAGUUGAAUCUUGCCUACAUCGCCUCUGUUCCUCACAAUGGUAUUGAGCAGGUCAGGAUCCAUUGGCUUCUGGAGCUGGUGACUGUUGAACUUGUUUCUGAAAGUGGCCAACCUUCUUAUAACUUCACCAAACUGGAUGCUCUUAUUGACCUAUUGUGGAAACUUGGAUUAAAGCCUGGUUUCGAGUUGAUGGGAAGUGUAUCUGGUUUCUUUACUGAUUUUGAGGAUAAAAAGCAAUUGUUGGAAUGGAAGAACCUUGUGUCUCUUGUUGCAAAUCGAUAUAUAAAUAAGUAUGGUCUAGAAUAUGUUUCCCAGUGGAACUUUGAAACGUGGAAUGAACCAAACAAUCAUGAUUUUGACAACGUUUCCAUGACGAUACAAGGUUUCUUAAAUUAUUAUGAUGCCUGCUCUGAAGGUUUGAAGGAAGCUAGCCCUUGCCUUCUCUUCGGAGGCCCUGGAGAUUCCUGCCAUUUUCCUCCUCAAUCUCCAUAUUGCUGGGCCUUGUUUAAGCAUUGUUAUAAUGGAACCAACUAUUUCACAGGAGAGACUGGGGUGCGGUUGGACUAUAUAGCCUUGCACAAAAAGGGUGGAGGACAUAGUUUGAAGAUUCUUGAGCAAGAGUGGGAGACAGCCCAGAAAAUUCAGGAACUAUACCCUUUAUUUAAGCAUGUGCCAUUUUACAAUGAUGAAGCUGAUCCUCUGGUUGGAUGGUCCACACCACAAGAAUGGAGAGCGGAUGUGACGUAUGCUGCAUUGGUAGCAAAAGUUAUAGAACAACAUCAAAAUCUUCUCAUUGCUAAUCCAGACAACGACAUUAAUUAUAUGCUACUAAGUAAUGAUAAUGGCUUCUUAAGCUAUUAUCCACAUUACUUUACACAAAGGACUCUUACUGCCCGCUUCCAGAUGAACAACACCAAACCACCUCAUGUUCAGCUGCUGAGGAAGCCUGUUCUUACUGUGAUGGGCCUGCUAGCCCUAACAGGCGAGAAGCAGAUAUCUGCAGACCUCACAGUGGAUGGAGAGAUUUCAGGAGAGAAUAGCACUCUAGGUGUGAUGGCAAGCAUCCACGUACCUGUUUUUAAUUGGACGUCUGACACUUGGCAGUCUACCAUAAUGAUUUAUAACAGCAAUGACAGUGCACCAUCCAUAGACAUAGGUUAUGUGAAUAUCAAUCUCACUGGUUAUCCUACUUACCUAGAGCUGAUGUACACCCUGUAUUAUCUUGACAACAAUGCAACAAACCCGUAUUUGCUGUGGAAAAAUUUAGGGAGUCCCAUCUUUCCUACAACUAAGCAAUUUCAACAGCUUCGAAACACUGAGAACCCUUCAUUUAUGGGACCUUUUCCAUUUCCAUCCAAAAGCAGCUUUACAAUCAAGGCAGAGCUUCCCAUCCCAUCUUUGCUUUUUAUCCAUAUUUGUGCAAAACCCAAAACCCCUCCUGAUCAGGUAACUGGUGUGCAUUUUUUGCCAGUCACUAAAGGACAAGUUGUCAUCCUUUGGAAAGACGGGUGUGUGAACUCAAGAUGUUUAAAAACAUUUGAAGUGGAGUUUUCUGAAGACCAGAGGAAUUACACAAGAAUCAAUUCAAAUGAUACCAUCUUUAACUUGUUUCUGUUUGCUCCAGAUGGAGCGGAGGUAUCCGGAUAUUUUAGAGUCCGUGCUGUGGAUUACUGGGGAAACUCGGGUGAAUAUUCACUCCCAGAAAAAUACAGUGAAGAUAUCCACUAGUCUGCUGCUCACGGUAUCCUUUAAUUGGCUGCUGUUGUCUUUGUAUACAUAAUUCAUUUACUCUCAUUUAGUCCAAAUGUUAUUUUUCCUCAGAUACAUCAUUGUGUACUUGGAAAACAGUUUAUUCUGGGAUAUUUUUCAAAGGGAUGAACAAACCGCAGCUUUGUGUUGCUCCACUGGCUCUUCGGUAUCACUAAAUGCUCAUGCUGAGUUGCUUCGCUCUCAUUGGAUUAUCCCAUAUAUUGAGCAUGUAAUUGGAUGGCUGAAGUGUUUUGGAAACUCCCGCAGUAUUUUUAACUCUUAUCUGGAUUAUCAGCCUGUGCUCAAGUCAGUUUAUCUUUUUCCAUGGGUUACACGGGUCACCUCCCCAGCUAAUUUUUCUCUCUAAUAAGCUAAGCUGCUUCUUAAGGCUAUAAAAGGGAAUCUGUAAAAAAUAUACUUGCGUAAUAG